AUGCCACUGGCGAUUGCUGCCCCGGAGGCGAACAGCAACUCUUCUUCACCACCAUCAUCAUCGGCCGCGACCGUGGCCAACGUUAGCAUUGUCAACGACCCGAAGCUCAACGAACAUGAUGUCCUCGAACUUUCAAAAGACGUUUUGGCCAAAUUGUUUCCUCAAAUUGCACAAGAGGACCUCGUGUAUCCCUUCCACGCUCCGUCUGACUUGUUUGUGCUUGUGAAGCUAUUAGGUGCUCCCGAUUAUUUCAAAAAGUUUGUCGUCAUAAAAGUGGACAGAGUUGUGUUCAAGAGCGACAAUUCGAUUACCCUCAUAAACAACUCCAAUUUGGCCAAAUUCGACAACGAUUCAUUGACGUUGAACAAGGCCAUAGUGAAAUCCGUGGACCUGAAACUCAUCCCACCCUUGACUCAAGUAUUUGUUUCUGUGCCAAAUGACAUCUACCACCUAUUGCAUGACAAGUCGGAACUGUCCGUCAAGCUGCUCUUUGAGACGCAAUUCUUGGCCAAGAACGGCAACGUUGUCAAUGAAGGAGAUUGUAUAAGACUACUUAACGGACAAGCAAACUUGUGCGAGCCAGUAGCCCAGGGAAGAGUCGAUUCCAAGACCAACUAUGUCUUGAUAAACGAGAGCGACCUGCCUGCAAACCAAAGAUCAAUCUUGAACGAUGACGACGACGGCGACGAGCAAGAAGUCGACGCGGACGAAAUUGAGGAUUUCGACUUGUCCACUUAUUUAUCGUCGAGUCUCACGUUUGACAAGCGCCAAUCACUGGGAACAACCAAGUGCGAGUUCUUGGUGAGACCUUUGCCCGAGAGAAUCAAUGUCGAAGACAUCCCCUUGAACUGGUCUCAAGAGGAUCCCGAGUUGUUUGUGUAUGUGAACAAUGCCGAUUUGAUCAAACUCGGAAUCCCAAUAUUCAACGGAGACUUGGUAAAAUUGAAACCAUCAUCAUCAUCAUCACCAUCUACUUUGAAUGCAGUUAUUGUGCGAAUAUUUAGCUUUACAGAACCUCAAAGUUCUUUUGAAACUGGAUUCAUCUACACUUCGCCGAUCUUGCUCCUCAAUUUGGGAUUGCAGCAAAACACAAAAGUGGAGCUUGAACCAGUUGCUCAGGACUCGAUUCUCGAUGCCAUUCCAGUUGCGGAAUCUGCCACCAUCUCCAGGGUCAGUUCCCAAAUAACAAUGGAUAAGACAUACCAAGCAAGCUUCUUGUCAAGUUUGAAAAGCAUUCUCAGCAAGCAACGAAAGUGUGUACAAGAGGGCGACUACUUUCCUGUCGUGAUUGACACGAUUUUGGCAAAAACUAUCUUUGACAGUACUGCGGGCGAUGCCUCCAACGACACCGAGAGCAAUAGUAAUAAUCAUAAUAAUAAUGAAAGCGGUGCAGAUGUUAUACCUAUAGGAAACCCAGAUGCUGUCGCGUGGUUCAAAAUUACAGAAAUAAAAGGCUCCAACGAAUCUGAGACUAAGCAGUAUCAAAUCGACCCAACAAAGACAAUGCUCGUGUCCUCUGGAGUUGAAAGCACUAAAUUGCCGACUAACAAGUAUCACAGAUGGCAUCAGUAUUUGGGUUUACCGCCGAUUUUCAACUAUGCAGAAAGCGAUGACUUUAGAUUCGCUCAAGAGUUUACAAAAAUCUUGUCAACAUGCAUCUUGUCGAAGCUCAACUUAAAAACUUCGAUACUUUUAACUUCCAUGAGCCGUGGUAUUGGGAAAACGACUUUGGUCAGAAGCACAUGUUUGGAGUUGGGGUUGAACUUGAUUGAACUCGACUGUUUUGACUUUAUAAACCCGGGACAGGAGUUGAAAACAAUUGGCCACAUCAGCGGCAGGAUUGACAAUUUGAUUUCUCCGCUGGCCUCCGCCGAGUCGUCUGCAUCUGCAUUCCAUGUCAUAUAUUUAAAGCAUAUGGAAAACUUGUGUCCCAAGACGGACGACAACGACCAGAAUGCAAGCGUGUUUACCUCGCUUACAUUGAAAGUGGUGCAAAUGAUUAGCGACUACUUGCUGAAGUACCGCAAUCUUGUUGUGGUGAUGAGUUGCAACGAUUACGACAAGUUGAGCGACACGGUGAAAGCACUCAUCAAGUUCACCAUCGAGUUCACGGUGCCCACCGAGAAUGAGAGGUUGGAAAUCUUUAGAUACUUGAUCAACAACGAAAAAUCUAGAGUCCCUUCCAACAACAAUAAACCAACCUCGUAUCCAUUCGUCAUUAGAAAAGAUAUAAAUUAUAAAACACUAGCAUUGCAAUCGGCAGGGUUAACUCCGCGGGACUUGAUCUCAAUUGUGAAGAAAUCGAAAAAAUUGGCGAUAAAACGGUUGUUUAAAUUGGCCAGAGAAUGCAACACAUCUGUUGAGCACUUGAUAAACAUUGGCAAUGGAGGGCUCAUGACGUGGAUACCGGAAGAUUUUGAAGCGGCAAUCAAUGAAGCAAGAAGUCAGUUUAGUGACUCAAUCGGAGCACCACGAAUCCCCAACGUCAAAUGGGAAGACGUGGGAGGUUUAGAUUUGAUCAAGGAUGAGAUCUUGGAUACCAUCGAUAUGCCGUUGAAGCACCCGGAGUUGUUCAAUAACGGAUUAAAGAAAAGAAGCGGCAUCUUGUUCUAUGGUCCACCAGGAACUGGAAAGACGCUCUUGGCCAAAGCGAUCGCUACAAACUUCUCGUUGAAUUUCUUUUCCGUCAAAGGGCCGGAGUUGUUGAAUAUGUACAUUGGUGAGUCCGAAGCCAAUGUGCGUCGAGUAUUUCAGAGAGCGCGUGAUGCUAAGCCGUGCGUCAUCUUUUUCGACGAGUUGGACUCGGUUGCUCCCAAGAGAGGCAACCAGGGCGACUCUGGUGGUGUCAUGGACAGAAUCGUGUCUCAAUUGCUAGCUGAGCUUGACGGUAUGAGCAGUGAAGGAGGCGAUGGUGUCUUUGUCGUUGGCGCAACCAACAGGCCCGACUUGUUAGAUGAGGCCUUGUUGCGACCCGGAAGAUUCGACAAGAUGUUGUAUUUGGGAAUCUCCGAUACCGACGAGAAGCAAACUAAGAUCAUGGAGGCACUAACGAGGAAAUUCCAGUUGGACGAGAGCGUCGACUUGUCCCGCAUUGCCGCGAAAUGCUCGUUCACGUACACCGGUGCUGAUUUCUAUGCGCUCUGUUCCGACUCGAUGUUGAACGCCAUGACUCGCGUCGCUAAUGAAGUCGAUGAAAAGAUCAAAUUGUACAACGACGCAGCUGUCGCGGGGGGUAAAAGUGAAGUUAGUUCACGAUGGUGGUUUGAUAACGUGGCGACUAAAGAGGAUACCACCGUGGCGGUGAAGAUGGAGGACUUUGUCAAGGCGCAGGAUGACUUGGUGCCGUCCGUUUCCGCGGAGGAGUUGCAGCAUUACUUGCGAGUCCGAGAGAACUUUGAAGGCGGCAAGGAAAAAGCACGACAAGAACAGCAGCAGAAUCAUGACCACGUUGCUGACUCUCAUCGGAGCAUAAGCGUAUCGAAUGGCGCGACAGUUGUCAACGAGGACGAAAUCCCCAAUGGCGCAGUGGUUAUCGAUGAAAAAGACUUGAUUGAUAACAUCAGCAAUCAAAAUGGCCACAGCUAG